GAAAAUGUCAUGACCUGUCCCAUUCGCCACAUUGGUUCCGGCAACGAGCAUUGUCCCUACGACUGGUUGGCUGUCUACGAUGGACGCGAUGAACAUUCACCGCUGAUUGGUAAAUUCUGUGGCCUAGGAAAAUUCCCCUUUAGUAUUAUAGGCACUUCACAAUACAUGUACGUUGAGUUCGUUACAUCACCUGCUGGACCUCUGCUCAACACUGGCUUCCACUUCAAUGUUGGCAAUUGGCCAGGUCAUGUCGAAACGGCUGGCAUCAAACACGGCAUAUGCGAUUGGCUGCUAAGUUCUGACUCGCUCAAAGAUAGCAGUGCCAGUGAGGGUAUAUUCCUGAGCAUAGCCCACUGGUAUCCGCCAAACACCUCAUGCAGUUAUCACAUCAAAGGACGAGCUGGUGAAAUAGUGCGUCUAUAUUUUCCAAGUUUCCGCAUAAAUCGCAUUGAAUCGCCCAUAUUGAAAUACGAUGAAGAUUGUGGAGAAUCUUUGACCAUCUAUGAUUCCGAUCGUGCCGAUCCAGCUCGAAUCAUUAAGACAUUUUGUGAUACCUUCUCUAGGCCAAUGGAAAAGGUGGACUUCGUAAGCACCAGUCCUUCACUAUUUGUGCAGUUUGAAUCGAAAACUGGCUCCUAUAGUGGCUCAUCGCUUUACUUCUGGGCCCACUAUGACUUCUUCAACAACACUCGCUUUGGAGAUCCUGUCCCUAAUACUCUGUGCGAUGAAGUUAUGUACGCCUGGAAACAUCCGGGAGGAAAGAUUCGUUCGCCAAUGAACUCAUUGAUAUUCAAGCGGACUGGCGGUUCGGAUGUCAGAUGCCAAUAUAAAUUUGUAACCGAUCGUCGGCUGUAUGCCCGAGCUGUGAUCGAAGUAAGUUCGGUAAUGUUCAAGGAAUUACCCUACAACAACAAUGCCUGCACACGCUGCCAUGAGGAGCGAGUAGAUAAGCUGGUCAUUUGGGAGGAGCGUGAGAAAUUCCAAAACAAUUUGGCCUGCUUCUGUGACAAUAUACCAAGACCGGUGCGAGUCAUCUCCUCAGCGGAUCAAAUGAACUUGGAAAUGAUUGUACAGGGCCAACAUGCCAUAACUUCGUACUUCAAGAAUCCCAAUCCCCUGUUUGAGGCUUCGUAUGAAUUUGCCCAUGGUCCGUUGUGUGGGCCCAUUACGUUGGGUCCCUCGCCGGAUGGCGAAUUGGUAUAUCCCUACAAAAAGGCAUUGGCCCUGGUGACGGGCCCCAUGGCUGCCCAGCCGGAACAUCACUAUAGGCGGGAGAAAUGCAUCUGGGAACUAAAGGUGGCCUCCCAAAGGGAUCUUUGGCUCAAUUUGGAAAAGGCACGUUUUGGUGAUCGCACCUGCGACAGCGCCAAGAUUGAGGUUUACUUGGCUGGACGAUUGGAACCACGAUUUAUUAUAUGCCCCGAAAACGUAUCCUUGGCUCGGGAUUUACCCAUACUCUCAACUGCCGAUUUGGGAGCUUUGGGUUCGGACCAAGAACCAUUGCCGGUACUCAUACAAUACACCGGAGAUGGCCAACCAGGCAAGAACAUUUUCCGUUUGGUGUGGACCGAAUUAUUCCAUUUGCCACGUAAUCCGGAUGGCAGCCUGGCUGCUUCACUGCUACAGGACAAUGAGUGUAGCUUCAAGUGCCCUGGUAAUCCGAAUAUUUGCCUGCCUCAACGUUUCGUCUGCGAUGGCAUACAAAAUUGUCCCAAUGUCAGCCACACCACCUCCCAACUGGAAGACCUUACCCAGCAUUUGCAAUGGAAUUUGGAGCAACUGGAUUUGUGGCACAUUCACAAGGACCAGCCACAGCAUUUGAGCAGUAAACUCCUAGACGACGAGUCGGCUAUUUUGUGUGUGAAGAAGUACCAGCGCCGGGCCAUGACUGUUGGAGAAAUUGCCUUCUUUUCCGCCAUUCUAGUAUCGAUAAUCGUUUUAAUAGUUCUCAUAUUACGUUUGAUGUGUCGAGGGUCCAAGCACAAGGAAGUGACGAGUAGUUAUUGAACGAGUAUUGGAGAUAGAGAGAGUUAUCUUGAGAGAGAGAAACGAAAAAUAAGCAGACACUUGUCAUUUACACGAAUUUGUUGAACUUUUCUUGAACAAAAACCAAAAAAAAAUAGAACUAUACAAACACAAAGAAAAGAAAAUAAAUACACACACACAAACACCUUCUUAUACACAACUAAUAAAGUUAUUUAGUAAAUAGUUUGAAUUGAAUUGAAACAAUAGCAAUUAUACUAUUAAAACAAAUCGGGGAAAUAAAACGAAAAACUCUUUAAUCCAACCCGACAUUAUCCUAUAAAAAUGGAAUUUUAAAUUUUUAAUGUAAUUUUUGUUAUUCUCUAAACAAAACAAGAUACUGCCUUUGUUUGCCACCAGAAAAUAAAAUAGAAAGAUUCCCCUUUUUAAGAAACAAGGUCUAAGGCGAAGUUAGAAGGCGCCAGCCAAUACCAGACCACAAAAUAUUAACUUUUAAAAAGUUAAAAGUAAUUAUUAAUUAAUUUACAAUAAUCAAUGUCUGUCUUUAAAAAACUCAAAGAUUCUUCACUUCACCCAGCAAACAAUUUCAAGAACAGAACGUGAUGUGAGUGUGAAGUAGUAGACACCACAGUACCCGCUCAGAAGACAAAAUCCAAUAAAUGAAAUCAAUACAAUAGAUAACAAGCAACAAAUAAACUUUAAUGAAAAGAAAAAAAAAGACGAAAAUGAAAACAUGGAAAGAAAUUCUAAAGAAUGCCAUAUUUUUUGCACAUAAACGCGAAGAUAUAGAGUAAAACGAAAUCGAUGAAAGAGAAUAAAUAUUUUAUGAAUUUAUAUGGGAAAUUAUAGAGCAGCAACAAUAAAUAAUACUUUUGGCCCCGCACGCCCCCUCCACCAUUCCCCAAGCAGUUGUGUAAAUUGGAAAUUGUCAGGCAAAAAACAAAAACAAAAAUAAAACCUCACAAGUUGAUGUAAAAAAAAAAACAAAUAUACAAAACAAACGAGUAACCAUGGAUUGAAUGACCCCCCAAAACUCACAGCCGAGCUCUUCAAUUUAGAGAAGAUGCCAAUGAUUAUGAUUGUACACGUAGUUUUAAACGCAAAUGCAACUAGCAAUGUAAGAUAAUUAUUAUGAUUAUUGAGAUAAUUACCAUAGUAAUUAUUUGUAAAUGUAAGAUUGUACGCAUUUAGACAAACAAAGAAGAAGAAUAAUAAGAAAACAACAAAAAAACAAAGAAAGGAAAACCAAAACCCCCAAACAAAUUAUUGAAGAUAUAUAUAUA